AUGCUUAGUUCGAUUCAAUGAGAUUUCUCUGCUAUUGUACAAAUGGCCUCUGCUCCUUCCUUAUCCGUUUCCUUGGAAUGCGUGAAUAUAUGUAAGUUAACGAGAGGGGAAGGGAGUGUAAGGUUCGACCGUAGCUUGCUUUCUUGUGCUUCCAAAGAUCCAAGAGCCUUAACUGGAUUCCUUGCCAGCACUGCCAAUCCUUCUCAUUCUUCCUCCUUCACCUACGCCCGCCACGGAAGAAGAGCUCGUAUCAGAUCGGCUCUUGAUUCUGGUGGAUGGCAUUCGACGGAUGUUUCUGAGUUUGUAUUGCUUGAAAAACUCUUUAAAUCAAGCUUGCUUCAUGUUGGCUGUAAAAGAUUGCAGUUGUAUUGUUUGUCAUCCGUCUUUUCAGAGACCUCUAAUGAGGUUUCUUCUGAAAGGUUGUGGGAGGAUCUGAAGCCUACAAUAUCAUACCUUUCGCCUAAAGAGUUGGAAUUGGUCCAUAAUGCUCUCAAGCUAGCUUUUGAGGCACAUUAUGGUCAAAAAAGACGGAGUGGGGAGCCGUUCAUCAUUCAUCCAGUUGAAGUUGCGCGCAUUCUUGGAGAACUUGAGCUAGAUUGGGAGUCUAUUGCAGCUGGAUUGCUGCAUGACACUGUGGAAGAUACAAAUGUUGUUACAUUUGAAAGAAUAGAGGAGGAGUUUGGUCCUACCGUACGUCGUAUUGUAGAAGGAGAGACUAAGGUGUCCAAAUUGGGAAAAUUGAAGUAUAAGAAUGAAAAUGUUUCUGUAAAAGAUGUGAAAGCUGAUGAUCUCCGGCAGAUGUUUCUAUCAAUGACAGAGGAGGUUCGUGUCAUCAUUGUCAAAUUAGCUGACAGAUUGCAUAACAUGCGGACUCUUUCUCACAUGCCCCCGCAUAAACAGUCCAGCAUUGCAAUGGAGACAUUGCAGGUCUUUGCUCCUUUGGCAAAAUUGUUGGGGGUGCAUCAAAUUAAGUCUGAACUUGAAAACUUAUCCUUCAUGUACACAAAUCCUGAAGAUUAUGCCAAAGUGAAGAGAAGGGUUGCUGACCUGUAUAAUGAACAUGAGAAAGAUCUUAUCGAGGCAGACAAAAUUUUGACGAAAAGGAUUGAGAAUGACCAAUUCCUGGACUUUAUGACUCUUAAAACUGAAACCCUUGCAGUGUGCAAGGAACCUUACAGUAUUUACAAAUCUGUGCUGAAAUCCAACAGUUCAAUCAGUGAGGUUAACCAAAUUGCCCAGCUUCGUAUAAUCAUAAAACCAAAGCCUUCAGUUGGAGUUGGGCCUUUUUGUAGUCCACAGCAGAUUUGCUACUAUGUUCUUGGAUUAGUCCAUAGCAUCUGGACUCCUGUUCCUCGAGCUAUGAAAGACUACAUAGCAACACCAAAGCCUAAUGGCUACCAAAGUCUUCAUACAACAGUAAUCCCGUUUUUGUAUGAAAGCACGUUUCGCCUGGAAGUUCAGAUUAGAACUGAAGAGAUGGAUUUGAUAGCUGAGAGAGGCAUUGCUGCUAAUUAUAGUGGGAGAGUCUUUGUUACUGGUCUAGUUGGGCAUGCAGAGCCAAAUGGUAGAAGUUCAAGAGGGAAGGCAGUUUGCCUUAACAAUGCAAACAUAGCACUCAUGGUUGGGUGGCUCAAUGCAAUUAGAGAAUGGCAAGAAGAGUUUGUUGGCAACAUGAGUUCCAGGGAAUUUGUGGAUACCAUCACCAGAGAUCUCUUAGGUAGUCGUGUCUUUGUAUUUACCCCUAGGGGAGAGAUUAAAAAUCUGCCUAGAGGGGCUACUGUCAUUGACUAUGCCUACAUGAUACACACUGAGCUUGGAAACAAAAUGGUAGCUGCAAAGGUCAAUGGUAAUCUUGUUUCUCCAACGCAUGUACUCACCAAUGCCGAAGUUGUGGAGAUUAUCACAUAUAACGCUCUCUCAAGCAAAUCAGCUUUUCAAAGGCAUAAACAGUGGUUGCAACAUGCUAAAACGCGCAGUGCCAAGCACAAAAUUAUGAAAUUCAUGAGGGAGAAAGCUGCACUAUCUGCUGUGGAAUUAACAACAGAGAGAGUAAAUAGCUUCAUUGCUGACUCUGAAGAGGAGAGUGAAUCGGAAGAGUUUUCCAGACAGAGGAAACCUCUAUGGGAGAAAAUCCUGGGGAGCAUUGUGGACUCUUCAUCCCAAGAAAGUUGUGAAGAUGGCUUGACUGCAAAAAAAGUUUUUUGGAACCCUAAGGUCAAUGGGAAACUUAACAAACAUUUUCAACCUGUGAGUUUGAAGGCCAAUGGGAACAUGUUAUCACGGGCCAAUGGUUCUGUGAAAAUGAUACCUGCAAACAUUCCACCACCCGAGGUAUUGCCUGGUCUUGAAAAUUGGAAAGCCAGUAAAAUUGACUUGUGGCACAAUCUUGAAGGACAUUCAAUUCUGUGGUUUUCUGUGGUUUGCAUAGACCGAAGAGGGAUGAUGGCUGAGGUCACAGCGGCAUUGGCGUCUGUAGGCAUCACCAUAUAUUCCUGUGUUGCCGAGAUGGAUAGAGGAAGGGGAAUGGCCGCCAUGUUAUUUCAUCUUGAAGCCAACCUUGAAAUUUUGGUUAAUGCUUGUUCAAGGGUCGAUUCAAUCCCGGGUGUUCUAGGAUGGUCCAUUGGUUGCAGCUGGCCAAGCUCGACAGAAAAUAACCAAAUCCUCGAAUGCUAAUUCAAAUGAUGGAUCCGAUAAAACCAUCUAGUCGACUCAGCCGGUUGCAAGCUUGGUUAUGAAGUUUUGUCCAACAUAGAGCUAAGACCUACCGUUCUUUCUUAUAGUAAAAUUUACUUCCUUUGUCCAUAAUCCAUAUGUAUUUGUUAGACGCUCAAAACCAAAUAAACCAGAAGUCAAGCAAGCUGACGCUGGAUCAAGGCAGGCACUGUGUGUCAAAGAAAAAAGUGAGUGUAGAGUUGAUAUACACUUGUAAAGAUACUCGGUUUGAAAAAGGAUCAUAGGUGAA